UGCUCCCCCACAGGCCUCCUAGGAAUGGUCGCCCACAUGAUGUACACGCAGGUGUUCCAGGUCACCGUGAGCCUCGGCCCUGAGGACUGGAGGCCCCAUUCCUGGGACUACGGGUGGUCCUUCUGCCUGGCGUGGGGCUCCUUCACCUGCUGCAUGGCCGCCUCCGUGACCACGCUCAACUCCUACACCAAGACGGUCAUCGAGUUCCGCCACAAGCGCAAGGUGUUUGAGCAGGGCUACCGGGAGGAGCCGACCUUCAUAGAGCCCGAGGCCAUCAAGUACUUCCGAGAGAGAUGCAAAGUCAAGGCACAGAGAGGUGUAGUGACCUGCCCAGGGUCACACAGCUG